AUGCUCCCCGGGCAGGCUUUACCUUCCUUCCACAUCACCCAUACCAGUACAGUAUCUCCAACUCUGACACUUCACAUUUCCCAUGUCAACACCCUUAUGAUCGACAUAUCUGUAUAUCACAAUAGCAACGAGCCAAAAUCUAUCCUGGGCUGGUGGAUAACAGCCUUCCGCGAUAUCGAAGCUGACUCUGCUCUCAAAGUCGUACGCCUGAAGAUAGAUGUCAAGAAUAUGCCGUCACUCUCCACACCUAACUAUGGGGACCUGUGGAAGCAGAUGAAUGAGGCCCUUAAUGGAAUACCUUCUCUAAAGACCGUAGACCUCACGUUCUAUAAUAUGUCACCAGACUGGCCAUGGAAUGAGGCAGAGGCGCAGAUGAUAGAAGGCUUCAAGAUGAGGGAUCCUCAGAGGGAGCUCAAUAUCCAUGUUACCACAUUCUCCUCAUCACAGAGGAAGGCUCAGACUUUUCCAGCUAUCCCUCUUCAGUUUCAGGUCUUGCAACUGCACAAAAGAAAUGAAAUGGGCAUGCAUCGACUGGAUAUCCUGAACAUGUCCCAGUCCGGAACGCUCAAGUCUCGGUUAAAAGGAGAAAUCAUAGAGCUAGUGACAGGUCGAAAUUCGAGAGAGAAAGUCAAGCUAGUAGAUAUGUAUCGUGAAGAACUAUAA